GAUCAUCCAAGGACAACAAGAAGGAUCAUUCGAAAACGGUUGCGUCGAUUACUCAGAAUUGGUUUGGGAGGAAGGUUUGCCGAAAAAUAGUUUACUUCCACUUUUCCUGUCCACCAGGGACUCUGCCAUUUGCUGCCGCUUGCCGUGCAGUAUCGUCGAUUCCUUCUUGGUUGGAAAUGCAGUAUUGUUUCAGGAUGAGAUACGAGUGCAGUAGGAGAUCGGAUUUUAGCCGUUGACGGAUCUACCCCGCCACAACCCCACUUUCCUCCUCAAGCAUCCAACAUAAAAGUUGGCAGACACAGAACCUCAACAAUCUCAUACGAAAAACUUCUUCAGAACAUAUCAUUGAACUGACUAGCAAGACUCUUGAUCAUCAAUUUUCGAUCACAAAAAUGGCGUACAACCUGAAGUGGGGAAUUCUAGCUACUGGUGGCAUUGCAACAAGUAAGUUACAGUAAACCUAGAUAUUCACAUACAAUUAUUACUAACACCACCCUUCAGCAUUCGCAAAGGACCUUCUUACCAAUCCCGCUACUCGAGGCGUGACAGAUGUAAGCCACACCGUUGCCGCAGCCGCAUCCUCCUCAUCGCAAGCUCGAGCCCAAGAAUUCCUCACUUCCAUUAAAGCCCCUACAUCUGCGAAAGCAUAUGGCAGCUACCACGAGCUCGUCAAAGAUCCAGAUGUCGAUAUCAUAUAUGUGGCAACACCACACUCUCAUCACUUUCAGAACUGCAUGCUCGCUCUUGAAGCAGGCAAACAUGUUUUGUGUGAAAAGGCAUUUACAGUCAAUGCAGAACAAGCACGGGUGUUAGUCAAGAAGGCCAAGGAGAAGGGCCUUUUUCUUAUGGAGGCAGUAUGGACUCGAUACUUUCCUCUUUCCAUCAAGAUCCGAGAAGUGAUACAGGAAGGAAAGAUUGGAGAUUUGGUCAGAGUUAGUUCAGAUAACAGCUUCAAUUUGGUCGGAAAUCCCGACGCUUGGGGUCUUGGUGAAGCCGGUGACAAGAAUCGUAUGGUGAACAUGGACUUGGCUGGAGGUGCUCUUCUCGACCUGGGAAUCUAUUCUCUGACAUGGGUCUUCCAAAUCCUAUACUUGUGUCAGAAGAUGGAGGAUCGGGAAAGACCAAAGGUUUUGGCUGCUGUGGAUCAGUAUCGCACUGGCGCAGAUGAAAUGACCAGUAUCAUUUGUCAUUUCCAGAAGAACAGAACCAUGGGAGUGGCGAACACAGGACUCAAGGUUGCGACCCAAAUUGCUGGGGAGAACUCGUCCUCCGCUGGCCCAGCUUGCAGGAUUCAAGGUACCAAAGGCGAAAUCCAAGUCACAGGUCCCUUGUACAGACCACUGAAAUACAAGGUCAUAUUACCUGGUGGCAAGGAGGAAGAGGUAAACUGUCCAAUUCCUAAAGAUCCCGAAAGAGAAGGCGCAGAUGCUGAGGGAUGGGGUCAUGGUAUGUUCUGGGAAGCCGAUGAAGCUGCAAGAUGUCUAAGGGAUGGAAAGAAGGAAAGUGACACUCUGACUUUGGAGGAGAGCGUGGUGAUCAUGGAGACCAUGGAUGAAGUCCGAAAACAGGGCAACAUUGUCUACCCAGAGACGAUUGAGAGUACAGUUUACGAUGAGAAGAGCCCUCUGAACGGAAAUAACUGA